AUGGUCAAAAAGUCACAAGGAAAGAGUGGCGAAAUAAGCAAAGAAAUCGUGACCGCUCUUCUCUCUAGAAAGCUUUCGUUUCUUCUGGCCGCUUUCUUCCUCUGCAGCCUCACACCGAUCUCUGAGGCAUUCGUGAUCCCAUCGAUCCAUCAUCAGACGAGAAAGUUCUCAAGUAAAAAAGGAAACUCCAAUGGUUGGAACCUAUAUUCGAGUAGUGGAAGUCAGUAUUUUGCGCCCGAUUUGAGGGUUCCCAGGCAUGUUGCCGUUAUUUGCGAUGGCAAUUCUCGUUGGGCAAAGAAUAGGUGCUUACCAACAGCUGUGGGUCAUAUUAUUGGGGCUGAUCGAUUCGUCGAACUAAUAGAAUACCUCCAAGCAGAUGGCAUCCAAUACUGUACAUUUUUUGGAUUCUCCACAGAGAAUUGGAAGCGAUCAGAAGCCGAAAUACAGUCGAUUUUCGAAUUGAUGGAACAACUAGCGAACCGAUUUGCCAAUCGGUUUCCUCCAGAAACCUCAGAAAUUGAAAUAAGGCUUCUUGGAGACUUGGACGAUACCAGGAUACCAGAAGGCUUGCGGGCAGCGCUUCGGGGUUUGCAAGAUGCAAACGAGAAGAGACGAUUAGCAUUGCUCCAAAGCAGUAUCACUUCAACACCAAUGACCGUCAACUUGGCAAUCAAUUAUGGUGGACGGCAAGACAUUCUUCGUGCCACAAAAUUAUUGGCAAUUGCAGUCAAAGAUGGCAAAAUUGAGAAUCCAGAUGACAUUACCGAGGAGGUGUUCGCUUCAUUCUUGGGCACUGCAGGGACCCCUGAUCCUGACAUGAUCAUCAGAACAAGUGGCGAGUCAAGACUAUCAAACUUUUUGCUCUGGAACUGCGCCUAUUCGGAGAUCUACAUCGCUCGUGCAAUGUGGCCUGACUUUAAUCGGGACUGUUGGGAGGCGGCACUUGCGUGGUACCAACAACGACAACGCCGUUUCGGAAGCCGUGAACCCUGUGAGGAGAGAGUAAGAUUUAACAUCAUGAAGAAAAAAGAGUGA